AUGCCUCAAGAUAAAGAUUGCCCUGAAACAAUUUGUAUAAAAGAAGAUCCAUUAGGCAAAUAUAAAGAAAUACAUAGUCGUAAAAGCCGUCCGAAAUUCCUUUAAGAAGCUGAUGAUGAAGAAAAUGAAAAAGAAUAAAGCUUUUAUCGAUCAUGUCCAAAUAAUCGUUAAUCCUUAGGAUUUUAUACAUGGAAUUUAUUACAUACAAUGGCUAUAUAUUACCCAGAAAACCCAACUGAAGAUGAGAAAUAAAAAAUGCUUUAAUUUUAUAAUAUUUUUGCUUAUUUUUAUCCAUGUAAACCAUGUUCAGCACAUUUCUAGAAAGAUAUAAUAAACUCUCCUCCAUAAGUUGAAAGUUCUGAAAAACUAAGUAUUUGGCUAUGUAAUUAACAUAAUAAUGUAAAUAAAUGGUUAGGAAAGGAAAUGUUUGACUGUGAUUAUGAAAAUUUAUAAAAAAGAUGGAAAACAGGAUAUGAACAUUGUACUUCGGAUUAAAAAUUACAUUGA